AUGAUGGGAUAUACCUUGGGGUUCGAGCUUUGGACCUGGUCUGGGGGGGUUUGCCCGCAUACGAUCCGCUUGUUCACUGCCCAAGACGAGGCAUACGAAGUCGACACAGAGAAUGUGACUGCCAACCGCACGCGUUACAUUAUUCGAGACUUUACUCGGGAGGAUUGCUUCAAGGAUAGACCUUACGUACUCGAGUGGCCUUUUAUGCGCUUCUAUGCGGAAGUGCCUCUGACCAGUCCAGCUGGCUAUGUCCUUGGGUCAUAUUGCGUUGUCGAUGAUAAGCCACGCGACGACUUCAGCGAGGAAGAUGUCCAGACCCUUCAAGAAAUAUCAGAUGCAAUCGGCAAUCAUCUCGAGAACAAGCGCAUAGCUCAUUACCAUUCCAGAUUUGAGCGUCUGGUGACUGGGCUGACCGACUUCUCCAAAGAUCAACCUGAUUUUGACCCACGAAGCCCAAGUGGAAGCCUGACUGAAUCGGCAAACUCCACAGUUCAUGAAUUUAUACCACCAGCGGCGACGGCUGAUCAGGAUUUCUCUUUCGAUGAUUCCCAUAUCGAUGGAAGUGAGAGUAGAACUGGGCUCGACUCGCAGUCAUCGUCCGCUUUCCAAGCGGAUUCUAAAUCGCCGUUAUUAUUUGCUGAUAAACCCUCUGGCUCCACAGAGCCUUCUUCGCUUCAAUCCAAUUUAUCGUUGGGCCAACCAAGCCCAGGCGAAGAAAGAUCUCUUGAUUCACUCAAUGAAGCGUUAGUGCUAGCGACCAAAAUCGCGCCAAACAACGAAUCUCUCGUAUCAUUGUCAGAUGGUAUCACGACACUGGAUCGCAUUCGAGCGAUAUUCUCCCGCGCCAGUGUAUUAUUACGAGAUGCAAUGAAUCUGGAUGGUGUGAUGUUUUUGGAUGGAGCCAGAAGCAGUUCCUCCCUUCUACCGAAGGGAGACCACACAUGGGAACCUCUGCCAAAAUUAGCCAGCCAACUUGAUUAUCUCAACCCAUGUCCGACCCCAUUUAUUUCAGAUAAACAGCCUGGGCCUAAAGGGCAGUGCGAGGUUCUAGGACAGUCUUUCAAACGGCAGAAUUCGGAGGUUGCAGCGACAGAGAGUCAAGUGAUCCUAGACGAGGAACUGCUCGACACACUGCUCAAAAUUUGCCCUCAAGGGCAAGUCGUGAAUCUCGACAUUGGGUCUGAAAGCGAUAACGGAUCCUCCCUCGGGCCUGCGACCGAUGAAUCGCAGUCCAGACAUAGAAACAAUUUUGACGUCGCCAGAAUACUUAAGCCUCUUUUCCCUACCGCUCAAUCUGUGCUAUGGCUUCCGCUGUGGGAUCACCAGAAGUCACGAUGGAUGGCAGGUAUGCUUUCAUGGAGCUCCAAUACCCAUCGAGGUCUUGGUGUGGAAGAGUUGCAUUACUUCAAGGUCUUUGCCCAUUCGAUCAUCUCGGAGGUAUCACGAGUCAACUGGAUCUCAACGGAAAAGUCUAAGUUUGAUUUACUGUCCUCUCUGAGUCAUGAGCUUCGUUCCCCGCUCCAUGGCAUCCUGGCAAGUGCCGAGUUACUCCAUGGAACGUCAAUCGAUUCUGCACAGCAGGAAAUGGUAAAAAUGGUAGAAACUUCGGGUUUGACGCUACUUGAAACGACAGAUCACCUCCUGACCUACUGCAAAAUCAACAAUAGUCGCCGGGCCAAGAAAGUGAGAGGGAACAACCAUGAUAAUGAAUUACUCGUCUUGGAAACCGAUUUCGAUCUGGCAUUGCUAGUUGAGGAAGUUACCAAUAUACUCUAUACUGGUCAAAAGGAUCCUAGCCUUUUUUCUCGCCUUGCAAUCGUGUCACCUUCGACAGACACUCACAGCAAUGCAGAAUCAGCCUGCAGCCCAGAGAAGCCCUCGGUCGUUGUGCGAACCAAUCAAUCACAUUCUUGGAAAAUUCGAUCUCUCCCAGGGGCUUGGAGGAGGAUAGUGAUGAAUAUUCUCGGAAAUUCCUUGAAGUGGACGGCUCAAGGAGUGAUCGAAGUCUCAUUGUCCAUGCUCAGAAAUCCCGAGGUCCCCGGCAAUCCCAUUGCGCAUAUCUCAGUCAUCGACACCGGCCGGGGUAUUGCCCCUGAAUUUCUCAAACACGACCUUUUUACUCCCUUCUCUCAGGAAGAUCGCUUGGUCGAAGGUGUCGGGCUAGGGCUUAGCAUUGUUCGCCAACUUGUCACGUCGCUGAAUGGGCAUAUUAACGUCAGAAGUGAGCUUGGAUUAGGAACGCAGGUCGAUAUUUACAUUCCUGUUCAACAUCUCAACGGUGAUGACCUGGUCCAAAAUUCCUCAAAUCUGACCGAAAGCCCUCCACCGCUUCAGGUCUGUUUGGUCGCCUUCAAUGGCUAUCCAGACAUCAAGGAGACACCGACUGGAAUGCUGACCGCUGAGUCGAAGCGCAAGCUGUCAAUUCAGGGGAUGCUUGCGGAUGUUGUCAUGUCAAAGACUGGUUGGACAGUCUCUUUGGCUGAAUCAAUCGAGAAGGGACAAGGUGAUAUCGCUGUCCUUGAGAGCUCGACCCUUGAAGAGAUCGCCACCCCGGAUUCUCUGCCAAGCAUUAUCUCAACAAAUAGGUUCCAGUUCUUGUUAAUCCUAGAGACCAAGCCUUCUCGUUUCGAGAAAAAUCUGCCGAAUGUCAUCUGGGUUGCACCACCUUUUGGCCCGCUGAAAAUACAAAGUGCAAUUGAAAAAGCUUCAGCUCUUCGUCGAUCGCAAGCUGACCUCAACAUCAACCCAAUCACCAAGAAACCAAAACCCCUCGAUCCGCCACAUGUUCAUUCAAUGGAGCAACUUUCCAUUCAUACUAAAGAAGCACCGCCAGCGGAAUUUGAAAUCAAGAUGCCCCAUUUUAUCGAGCCUGCUCGGGCCUUGGCAGCUCAAAAGCAAUGCCAUGUUUUGGUUGUGGACGAUAAUGAAAUCAAUCUCAAGAUUAUGGCCACAUUCGUGCGCAAAGUGGGAUGCACCUAUGACACUGCUUCCAACGGAUUGAUUGCACUGGAGAAAUACAAAGAAUGCGAUCGCCAGUAUGAUUAUGUCUUGAUGGACAUAUCGAUGCCCGUCAUGGAUGGCCUGGUCUCGACACGCAAGAUACGACGGUUUGAAAAAGCAAACAAAUUCAAGCCAUCUUGCAUCAUGGCAGUGACCGGAGUCGCCUCGGAUGCUAUGCAUCAGCAGGCCCUGGCUGCCGGGGUUGAUCGUUACCUCAUCAAACCAUUGUCCCUCCGCGAACUCAAAAAAAUCAUUACAUGA